AUGCCCAAGCAGAAGCAGAAGAAGGAGGAGAAGGACGUGUUCAAGCUAGAGGAGGAGCACCACGAGAAGAAGCCCGAAAAGAUCGACUUGGGGGACACUACCAGCUUGAAGCGGGCGCUUGAUGAGGCGGUGAUCGAGGCUGCCGGUGAAGAGGGACAUCGGAUAGACAACAUAUACACGGACACAAAGAUCGUCCUGGGCCUGCUCGCCUGCGGCGUGGCCUGCCUGGCCCAGUUCUACCCCAAGAAGUACCCAGACAACACCCUGCUGCUGGCCGGCUGCGUGGUGGCCUAUGUGGUGCUGUCGUCACUCAUGACGGUUGUUGCGAUGGUGUGCGAGAAGGAUGUGAUUGCCUUCACGCGGGCGGCGCCAGGCGGCCCGCCCGCGCUGGCCAUCGCCUCCCGCCUGCCGCGCUUCCAGCAGUUCUACACGCUGUGUGUGACGCCCAGGGGCGCUCGUGCGGCAUCGAGAGGCGGCGGCGCCCAGUCUCUGUCCAGGAGCGUGGGGGAGUACUUCCAUGAGGACGGCCAGCUGGCGGCGGGGGUGAUAAAGAAAGAUGCGGUGGAGCUGCUGCGCAAGGCCACGGAAGGCAAGACCAAGUAG